ACGAGGUUUUUUCAUCCAGCAUUUCUCUGCAGAGCUCUCAUUCUUCCAUACACAAGAGCUUCCUCUCCUUUCAUAAAAACCAUCUUUCGUUCUUCACACGCAGCAGAUUUUCUUUGCAAAAAGCCAAUUAUUAUGGCUAUAGAGAUUGAGCAGCCAUCUGUUGUUGGCCUAUCAAACAUUGCAGUUUCUGAAACUCAUGGAGAAAACUCUCCAUAUUUUGCAGGAUGGAAGGCGUAUGAUGAAAACCCGUAUGAUGAGUUGAAGAACCAAUCGGGCGUUAUACAGAUGGGAUUGGCAGAAAACCAAGUUUCCUUCGAUUUAAUAGAGGAGUACUUGGAACAGCACUCGGAAGCAGCAACCUGGGGUAAUGGGUUAUCUGGAUUUAGAGAGAAUGCUUUGUUUCAAGAUUACCAUGGACUCACUCAUUUCAGAAAGGCAAUGGCGAGUUUCAUGGAGCAGAUAAGAGGUGGAAGAGCAAAAUUCGACCCCAAUAGAAUAGUCCUCACAGCAGGUGCAACAGCGGCCAAUGAACUACUAACUUUCGUUUUAGCUGAUCCUGGAGAUGCUUUGCUAAUUCCAACUCCAUACUAUCCAGGAUUCGACAGAGAUCUCAGGUGGAGGACUGGCGUCAAGAUUGUACCGGUUCACUGCAACAGCUCGAACAACUAUCAGAUCACCACCAAAGCUUUAGAAGAAGCAUACAGUAAAGCAGAGGCCAUGAACAUUCGGGUUAGAGGGCUUCUGUUAACAAACCCAUCCAACCCAUUAGGCAUUACAGUUGAAAGACCGGUGCUCGAAGAGAUUCUUGACUUCGUCACCCGUAAAAACAUCCAUCUUGUUUCAGAUGAAAUCUACUCAGGCUCUGUCUUCUCCCCAUCCGAAUUCACGAGCACUGCAGAAAUUCUGGAGGCUCGGAAUCUCAAGAACUCAGAGAGAGUUCACAUUGUCUAUAGUCUAUCAAAAGAUCUCGGCCUUCCAGGUUUCAGAGUUGGGGCAAUAUAUUCAUACAAUGAUCAGGUUGUAACAACUGCAAGAAGAAUGUCCAGUUUCUCCUUGGUCUCUUCGCAAACACAAUAUCUCUUGGCUUCAAUGCUAUCAGACACCAAAUUCACCGAGAACUACAUAAAGACCAACAGACAGAGGCUAAAGAAGAGAUACGAAAUGAUUGUUGCAGGAUUGAGGAAUGCUGGGAUCGAUUGUCUGAAAGGGAAUGGCGGGUUGUUUUGCUGGAUGAAUCUGAGCCCAUUUUUGGAGACUCCAACAAAAGAAGGUGAAUUGGCUUUGUGGAAUACAAUUUUGCAUGAGGUGAAACUGAAUAUAUCUCCAGGCUCUUCAUGCCAUUGUUCUGAGCCAGGUUGGUUUAGGGUGUGCUUUGCCAACAUGAGCGAAAAAACACUGAGAGUUGCACUGAAGAGAAUAAAUGAUUUCAUGGAGAAAAGAAGGGCAGCAGAUCAAGGGAUCUUAUUCUCUUCGCUGUAAUAUUUUUUUUUUCUUUUGUUUCUUCCUCUCUAUUUUCAUUUCCUUCUGUAGACUGUAGUGUUUAAUUUCCCGGAUGAAGAGAUCCAAAUGAUGAACUGUUGUAGACUGAGAAUUAGUUGAAAUAUAUUAUAAUAAUAUAAUCGCUGUCCUGCAUUUGGGCUCAGCGAGGUUCCUAGAAA